AUGACGGAAGUGUCGCUUGAUGGCCUCGGCUUCCUGGGGUCACCUGAAUCACUUAAAGAACCCACCGCUAAAAGGAGCAGUGCCAAUGCCUCUCCUGUCCGCUUUAGUCUUCCCCUACCCGGGGACGGUGCAGGAUCCCCUGUGGCCGCUGCAACUACCAACCAGCGGAAGAGCUGCAACACCGGAGGUAGCGUUCAGUCACGGCCUUCAGGUGCAGCAGAGCGAAACGGGACGAGUGGCAGCGCGUCUACAGGCAUAAGGAAGCCAACAGUUCUCGUGGGGGCCGACGGACGACCUCUUUCAAUCCUUAAGAGCCGCCAGCACCUGGAUUAUGCACAUGUCCGACGGCUAGCGGAGCAGCUGCGGGUGAAAUUUGCUUUCGACAGGAACGAGACUCGUUUCUACUGUCCCGAUUCCAAUGAGCAUAUGGAGCCAAGGCCAGCACCUGCAGAGCUCAGAACUGCAGUUAGGGGGUUCCUCAAGACUUCUAAACGAAUUGUCCAAGAAGCAAAACAGUUAAGCCAAACUGCACUGCAACAGGUGGAGGACAGCAAGCAUUUUGAAGAAGAACUCAUGGCCAUGACCCAAGUGUACGUUCAUAAACUAGAGGAGAGGCAGAAGGCCAAAACAAGCCAAAUGAUCGUCGUUGCGCAGCCUAAAACUCAGCGGAGGAGCCUCUGCUGCGGCGGGGCACUGGCAGUGCUACCAUGA